AUUUUGACUUAUUUUCACAGGCCGAUGAUUAAUGAAACUUAAAAUGCUAUUUAUUUGAUGUUUGUUACCUAAGUGUUUCUAAUAGGUAUAACAUCUAAUUAUUUUCUCUAUGUUUACAUUUUAUGAGCAACGAUUUAUCUAAAAUAUAAACAAUUUGCCCAAUUUAUUUAACAGUAUAUAUUUUAUUAAGAAUUUUAAAUUGCUAUUUCUCAAUUACUUUAUCGAGCAUUUAAAAACCUUAUAGCUGAAGAAUUUCUGAAACUUAACAUCUAUAAGAGGUUAAACAAUUAAUUAAAAUGAAUCAGCCUGAGCAACAAGACCAGCAAGAAGAACAACAAGAGUCCCAAGUUAAAGAAGAACAAAAAGAACUCAAUGAAGAAACUGAAGAGGACAAUCAAUCUAAUGAAGGUUAUGUUGUCAAAAUGAGAGGAUUACCUUGGUCAGCAACAGCCGAUGAUAUCAUAAAAUUUCUGAGUAUUUUAGGGGAAGCAAAAGUUAAAGGUGGAACAGCUGGUGUGCAUUUAACCAUGGCUAGAGAAGGACGACCUAGUGGAGAAGCUUAUGUUGAAAUGGAAUCUGAAGAAGACCUUAAAGCUGCUUUAAAAAAAGAUCGUGAACAUAUGGGAAACCGAUACAUAGAAGUAUUUAGGUCAAAGCGUUCAGAAAUGGAAUGGGUUAUUAAAAAAACUGGCUCAACACUUGAUAGUGUUCUCGAUGACAAUUGUGUCCGUCUGCGAGGCUUACCAUUUGGAUCAACUAAAGAUGAUAUUGUUCAAUUUUUUCAAGGGUUGGAGAUGACAACGGACGGUAUAACCAUAGCAACCGACUUCACGGGGCGGAGUACGGGGGAAGCUUUUGUACAGUUUGUAGACAGAGAAAAUGCAGAGAAAGCUCUGCAGAAACACAAGGAGAAAAUAGGACACAGGUACAUUGAAAUAUUUCGUAGUAGUUUAGCAGAAAUCAGAAAUCAAGCACUGCAGAGACGUCCACGGCAAACGCCUUAUGAUAGAAUGGAUCGUUUUGGUGGUGGUGGUGGUGGCAAUGGUGGUGGCCGUUACUAUGAUAUGCCCAUGAGGUCUGGACGAAAUAUAAAAUCAUUCGGUAAUGGUUAUGACAAUGGACCUUGGAAUGGUGGCCGGAAUAUGGGUGGACCAAGAGGAGGUGGCGGCCAAAGUAUGAUGGGUGGAGGUGGUGGAUGGAAUGGCAAUAAUUGGAAUGCUCCUCCAAGUAGACCAUUAUAUGUUGUUCAUAUGAGAGGACUUCCAUUCAAAGCUAAUGAAGAUGAUAUAGCCUCAUUUUUUGAACCAUUGGAACCAGUUGAUAUACAUAUUUUGUAUAAUAAUAACAACCGUCCAUCUGGAGAAGCUAAUGUUGAUUUUGCCACUAAAGAAGAUGCAAUGAGAGCUAUGUCUAAAGAUAAAACAUAUAUGCAACAUAGAUACAUUGAACUGUUCAUGGAUGGACCAAUUGGAGGUCCAGGAGGUGGCAGUAACAACUUUAGUCUAGAUGAUAUGGGUCCUCCUAACGUUGGAAAUGGGGGUGGAAACUUUGGAGGAUUUGGUAACAACUCAUUUGGUGGUGGCAAUUCUUUUGGCAAUAGCACAUUUUCUAGACGAAAUGAAAAUUCAGGACCACCCAAUUCAUUUUUUUCAAACAACAUGGGUGGAGGUGGUUAUCCUAGACCUUCAGGACCUAGAAAUAUGUCUGGUCCCGGGCCUAAAUUUAAUCCAUUUUAAAAUAACAAAUUGAAGUAUUAAUUUUUUUUGACUAAGUAUUAACUAGCCAUACUGCAUGUUAAUAUUCAUUUUCAAAAUCUUCAAUAUUAAUAAAAGUCCCUUCCUCUCAACUAUGUUAAGUACUAUUUAAAUUAGAGUUCUUAUUGAAUUUUUAUCAAUUUUGACAAAAAUAAUUCACUAUUUUGUAAAAUCAUAAUGUUGAAAAACUUAUUCUCAGAAACAUAUUUUCUUUUGUGUAAAUAAAUGAAAGAGCUUAUAAUAUCGCAUGUGAAAAUGAGUAAAUAAUGUAUGUUUUUUUUAUAUAUAUAUAUUAAGAUGACUGUAAUAUAUUAAAAAAAAAAAAAAAAACAGUAAUCUGAUUUUUUGUUAUUUUUCAAAUUACUUUUUUUGCAUUCAAAGUUAGUUAUACUUGUGCAUUAAUCAAUCAAUCUGUUUUGUAUUAUUAGUGAUGUAUGUAUUUUAAGUUGCAAAAAUACAUUAUCAUUAUCAUUUUUUUUUUUUUAUACUCUUAGUUUGUAUUAAAGUUCAAAAUAAAUUUUAAAAAUGUACUUAUAUUUUGAGUACUACAUUUAUUGAUUGUUUAAAUGAAAAUGAAUUAAUUGGUUUUAUUCCUCUAAUUAGGUGCAACUUAUAAAUUUAAUGUAGACAUUAAAUUGAUGUUGUCAUAACUAUUACCAAUAUUUAGGGAUACCUUUAAUACUGAUUAGAAGUAUCCCCCAUUCACUACAUCAUAUUAAUCAAAUUUUGUGUUCUCAUUUAAAUACAAAAUAUAUAAACUAUAAAUAAAA